AUGCAGAAGGCCAUCGCCUCCGAACGAGCGGCGCUGGAAGACGCGUACCAGAAGAACGAGGCAGACGAGCCCUUCGAGAAAGUGUGGAAGAACUACUCGACAGUGUAUCCGAACCUCUCGAUGUUUGCUGCGGGGCUUGCGACCUUACUUCCGUCCACCCACUCAGAGGAAGCCGACUUCUCCAUCCUCAAGAACACUAGAAGCGACUCGCGUCGCUCGCUCUCCAACUACGCAAUGGAAGUCCCGAUGCAGUCCAAGCAAUACAAGGAGCUGGAGGCAGCCGUCACCUCGAUGCAACGCGCCACGCAUCGAAUCGCACAGCGGAAUGCGACGGUAUUUUCAUUGAUUGCGUAA